AUGAAGAUUUCUGUAAUUUUUAUAGUGGUUGUUGGUUUAGUCCUUUUUUCAUCUGCCACUCCACUCGAGAAGCGUCGUUUUGGUCAAGAACAUUCCAAGUUUGUUGAACCACUUUACCAAAAAAUGCGCGACAGUGCUGUGAAUACCAAUUAUGGCGCACGAAUUGGAAAUCUGUCUGGCGAAGCCGUAAAUGCUCUUCUUGCCGCUAAGCCUGCUUGCAGACAACAGCUUGUGGCGGAUCACUUGAUAUUUUUUGCGAAAACAAUGGGUGCUGAUAAAUCAAUUCCAGAUGGAAAGAAAAAGGAAAAAUUUUUAAUUGAAGUAGCAAAGAAAUAUCGAACCGCAGAGAGAAAUACCAACGAGGUUGGAAAACCGAGUUUCUUGUGUGCGAGAAAACCAUUCUUCAAGGAGUUAAAUGGAAUUGUACAAAAGCAAGAUCCUGAUGCGAAAACAAAACCAAAAACGCCUACAGACGCUUUUAAUCUGGACGAACACUAUGACCCACUUGGCAAGCUUGAUAAUGGAACUUUCCAAGUAAAAAAAUUCACCUUUAACGACGUCGGCGCCGCACACAACCGUCAGUGUGCUAUUCAGCACAAUGCAUGUGCAGAUUCUUUCAACAAAGACAAGAACCCUAAAAUUCCUAACGUUGGCGCUUGUGACAAGCAACAAGACGUUUGUUUUCAGGGCCCCCCCGUAUUUGCAAAAUAA